AGAGCAUAUGCUCCCUCAAUCCAAGCGCUAUAUAACCCCGCCGCCCUGACGGCCAGAACGUCUGGAUCGGAUUCACCCUUGCAAGUACCACCAUGAAGUUCCUCGCUCUCGCCGCCCUCGCUCCCCUCGUCUCCGCCUGGUCUUUCUCCACCUACGUCGACCAGGACCAGCUCUGCUCGACAACGCCCAUCACCACCGUCACAGACGCAGCACCCGGCAACUGCAUCGUCCUGCCCGAGGGCGCCAACAUCUCCUCGGUCCAGUUCGCUGACCAAGCAGGCAAAGGCCCUUUCACCGGCGGAUACGAGCUCGACUUCUACCCUUCAAUGGAGGAAUGCCAAGAAGACGUCAACUGCUCCCUCCUGUACGCUCACUACGACACUCAAGAAACCCCCUACUGCUGGGACGCCUGGAGCUUCGACACGCAGAUCGGCGCCUACAAGAUCUGGAACCGUUCCGCCUGAAAACGCCGUGGUUAGGCAUGGGGCCGGGGAGAAACGAGAUGACCGACGCAUAGAGCUGCAACAAGUUUCACUCAGCCAUAGAUCAUCACAUAUCCUUUACCUCAUAAAAUGCAGGUUGUAUGGGCCAGUGAAUAGGAGCGAAACGUACUAUCGUAGAACCUACAAUGAAAAGCGAAUCUACAGCAAAAAACUCAA